AUGGGGGUUAUUUAUUUGUUUGCGAAGAUCGAUAAGGUUCAUCUUGAAGGAGAAACCGUCAGAGUUGUUUAUAAGGAAGAUAACGAAAACUUGAAACUAAGAAAUCCUUUAGAAGGAUUCUUUGACCGUUGGAUGAGAAAUCUCGCUCCUAGUAACAUAAAGAAACUUUGGGAACUGAAAUUCAUCUGGGGCCAGAGAAAUCUGUAA